AUGAAGCUGAAGCUGAAGCUCCCAAACCCGGGACUGGAUGACAGGAUCCCCACUCACGAACAGCUGGAGGUGAUGGAAAAGGAAGAAGCUGAUGGGAGGCCCAAAUGGGACAACAAAGCCCAGUAUCUGCUCACCUGUGUGGGCUUCUGUGUGGGACUUGGUAACGUCUGGAGGUUUCCAUACCUGUGUCAAAGCCAUGGAGGAGGGGCGUUUAUGAUCCCGUUCCUCAUUCUGUUGGUUCUGGAGGGAAUCCCGCUGCUGCACUUAGAGUUUGCUAUUGGUCAGCGCCUGAGGAAGGGCAGCAUGGGAGUGUGGAGAUCGAUCAAUCCUUACCUGACGGGAGUCGGUAUCGCAUCCAUGCUGGUCUCACUUUUGGUGGGCGUGUACUACAACACCAUCAUGGCCUGGAUCAUGUGGUAUCUCUUCAAUUCCUUUCAGGAUCCUCUGCCUUGGAGCCAAUGUCCACUCAAUGCUAACAACACAGGCUACGUGGAGGAGUGUGCACGAAGCAGCACGACCGACUACUUCUGGUACAGAGAGACUCUCAACACAUCGUUGGCUAUUGAUGAAGCUGGCGGUCUGCAGUGGUGGAUGGUCCUGGCUCUGACCGCCGCCUGGACUGUUCUCUAUGUUUGCUGCAUCCGUGGCAUUGAGACCUCCGGCAAGGCUGUGUACAUCACCUCCACCCUGCCUUAUCUUGUCCUCACCAUCUUUCUCAUCAGAGGAUUGACUCUCAAAGGCUCUACAGAGGGAAUCAAGUUCCUCUUUACACCAGAUGUGGAUGAGUUAAUGAAUCCAGCAACCUGGCUGGAUGCAGGGGCUCAGGUUUUCUACUCCUUCUCCUUGGCUUUUGGAGGUCUCAUCUCCUUCUCCAGUUACAACUCUAUUCAUAACAACUGUGAGCAGGACGCCGUUCUCAUCUCCAUCAUCAAUGGCUGCACCUCCGUGUACUCUGCAACAGUUAUCUACUCCAUCAUCGGCUUCAGGGCCACGCAGAACUAUGACGACUGCAUGGCAGACAACAUCAUGAAGAUGCUGAAUGCUUUCAACUACCCUGAGAACAGCAUCACAGACAGCAACUACAACGAGGCCCUGAUCCACCUCAACCAGACAAAUCCAGGCAUCAUCCAAGGGUUGGACUUACAGGAAUGCAACAUUCAGACUUUCCUCAGUCAGGGUGUGGAGGGAACAGGUUUGGCCUUCAUCGUGUUCACAGAGGCUAUCAUCAAGAUGCCUGUUUCCCCUCUUUGGGCCGUCCUCUUCUUCAUCAUGCUCUUCUGUCUCGGCCUCUCCACUAUGUUUGGGAACAUCGAGGGAGUGGUGGCUCCUUUGCAGGAGUUCGGAAUACUGCCACGAAGCUGGUCAAAAGAAAUCGUCUGUGGCUUGACUUGCCUAGUUUCUUUCGCUCUUGGGCUCAUAUUUGCUCUACGCUCUGGGAACUACUGGCUAGCUCUUUUUGACAGCUUUGCGGGCUCGAUACCCCUCCUGGUCAUCGGAUUCUGUGAAAUGUUUGCCGUCAUCUACAUCUAUGGUGUAGACAGGUUUAACAAGGACAUCGAGUUUAUGAUCGGCCACAAGCCCAAUAUUUUCUGGCAGGUGACGUGGAGAGUGGUUAGCCCCCUCAUCAUGGUCGUCAUCUUGAUUUUCUACUUUGUUACUCAAGUCACCAAAAGUCUCACCUAUCAGGUCUGGGACAAGGAUGCGGACGUCUUUCCCACCCUUGACGCACGUGACUACCCCUCCUGGAUCUACGUCAUCAUCUUCAUCCUGGCUGGAAUUCCCAGCCUAGCCAUCCCCUUUUUCGCUCUCUACAAACUCUUCCAAAGGAAAUGCUGCAAGAAGAAGAAAUACUCUGACUUUGAUGUGGACACCAUCUCUGCCAAAAUGAAGUUUUAGAUAAAUUGUACUUGGACUAUUAAAUGUGAUUGUGGACUUAUUGUUGUAUAUUAAGCAUUUACCUGUUGUGUACAAGACUUUAAAGGAGACAGUAAUAUAUAUAUAUAUAUAAUGCUUUUCAUACCUUUGUAAUAUUAAGGCUUUUCUUUCUGUGUCAUGUUUCACACGUCAGUCUACGUUGGACAUUCAGAGAAUAGUUGGACAUUUGGUGAAAUAUGCUCAGUAUGAAGCUACAUAACAAUCUGGUUAGUUUAGCUGUUGUUCCAUGUUCCAAGAUAACAAACACCUCUAAAGCUCAUGUCAGCUUUGGGAUUUUAAAUCUUCUAAUUUAUUCUUUUUAAGACAUAAAAAGGACUAUUUUUUUCAAAUAUCUAACUGUUCUUCUAAUGUUGUAAGUUUACUAAAUGCAUGUUUCUCAUAUAUACAGAUAGCAUAUUGUUGUAUGUUGUAAAUAAUCCUCCACAGAGGAAAUAAUUCUUGUUAAAAACUUUCUAUAUACUGUAAUGAUAACUUUAAGCUAAAAAAGAACACUUUAUGGCAUCAGUGGCCUUCUGGCCCACGUUAGUGUUUUUUUUAUAGUGUUUUGUGGCCUAUUAUUAAGGAUUAUUGUAAGGUUUUAAUGUAUAUUACAGCACUGCACUUCCUCUGCUAUAAACUGUUGUAAUCUGUUCUCUAAUCUUCUGUUCAGACAUAAAAGAAAAAUUAAAUGGUUACCAUU